AUGGCCGACCGCAAGCAAGUGCUGCGCAUGUACCGGCGGCUUCUCCAGCUGGCGCAGCAGUACCCGAGCAUCAAGCGCCAGUCCAUCAUCCAGGAUGUCAAGACCGAGUUCCGUGCCAAUCGGGACCUAUCGGACGCGCCAGCAAUCCGACAAGAGCUCGCGGCGGUGCAGGCGGGUAUCAAGGAGCUGUCCAUGUAUGCGAGUUUGCACCCGUCGGUGCCCAAUUGGACCAUCGAAGUGGGGCACGACGCAGCUCCCACAUCAUUCGAGGCGCACGUUGAUGAUGACACAAAGGUCGUUAGUGGUGGGAAAACGAAGGACGAGUGA